AAUUCAUAAAUAAACGAAAGAGAGAAAACAAUAGAGUACUUAAUUUGAAUUGAAUUGAAUUGACAUGAAAUGAAUUGAAUUGAAUUUGAAUCAAAUCCACCGUUAAUCCACCUCUCUCCCGUAACAGAAUCAAAAAUCAACGGUUCAAAAUUCAAAUGGGAAUCCUCUACGCACUGGUGGCGCGUGGCACGGUGGUUCUGGCGGAGUUCACCGGAACCACCACAAACGCCAGCGCAAUCGCGAGACAGAUUCUCGAGAAAAUCCCCGGCGAUAAUGAUACUCAUGUAUCGUAUUCUCAAGAUCGUUACAUCUUCCACGUGAAACGGACCGACGGACUCACCGUUCUUUGUAUGGCGGAUGAGAACGCUGGGAGGAGGAUUCCGUUCGCGUUUCUUGAGGAGAUUCAUCAGAAGUUUGUUAGGACUUAUGGACGCGCGGUGCUUAGUGCGCAAGCUUAUGGAAUGAAUGAUGAGUUUUCUAGGGUUUUGAGUCAGCAGAUGGAGUAUUUUUCGAGUGAUCCGAAUGCUGAUAGGAUUAAUCGGCUUAAAGGUGAAAUGUCUCAGGUACGAAAUGUCAUGAUAGAAAAUAUAGACAAGGUUUUGGAUAGAGGUGAUAGAUUGGAGUUGCUGGUGGAUAAAGCAGCUAAUAUGCAAGGAAACACAUUUCGCUUCAGGAAGCAGGCUCGUCGUUUUAGAAGCAAUGUGUGGUGGAGGAAUGUCAAACUCACGAUUGCUCUUAUUGUCGUCCUACUUUUGAUAGCAUAUGGUGUGUUGGCUUAUGUUUGCCACGGGCCUGCACUACCGUCUUGCUUCAAGUGAAGGGUUGGAAUGCGAGUGCUAUGCGUUCUUCAAUAUGGUCUUUGGGUUGCAGAUGUCACUUCUGUUAAUUUUCAGUUACUGGGCUGUCAACAUGUGUGCUAGCAAAAGCCUUGCUCCAUAUUCCCUGGUGUUUUGGGUUGUAUUUUUCAGUGAGGUUUGAGGGAAAAUAUUGUGCAUUAUGUCUUGUGUAUUUUCAUAUCACCCCAAAAAAAUUGGAGUGAACUGGAAUAUGAUUGGGUUGUUGUUAUAUAGUGGUGUUUCCUUCUCUUUUUGUUCAAAAGGAUCAAGGGUAAACUUUUGAAUUGGUGUAUCCCUAUUACUCAUUGAAGGGCAUUUUUUAUAAUUUUUCUUGCCCCAUUUGUUAUCUACAUAUAAAUACUAUAAUGUGCGAAGGUUCCGUUUU